GGCGCGCCGACGGGGGCCGCCGCCGGGAGCGACGCUGUGAAGUCUAGACAGCCCGGCCGUUGAGCAGCAGAAGGCGCUGGUGGGUGAGCGAGGGCCCCGGCGGAGUGACAUUUUCAGGUCCAGGGUGAAAACUGCUCCACUUUGGCUCAUUGAGUUAUGUAAAGACGUCCACAUGCUUCAGCACAUCCAUUUGUUCAGCCAGCGGUUACUGACUCUCUGUUAUAUGCCAGGCCUCUGGUGGCUGGACUGAGACAUGAGCCCCCGGUAGUACAUCGUGGGACGGGAGUGUGCAUCCACACAUGGUUUGGCCCUGUGGUGACCACAGCAGCCCAGGCCGUCACCAUGGUGAAGCUGUUGGUGGUCAAAAUUCUUUGCAUGGUGGGCGUGUUCUUCUUCAUGUUGCUGGGUUCCCUGCUCCCUGUGAAGAUCAUUGAGACAGAUUUUGAGAAGGCCCACCGCUCAAAAAAGAUCCUUUCACUCUGCAACACCUUUGGAGGUGGGGUUUUUCUGGCCACCUGCUUCAAUGCUUUACUGCCUGCCGUGAGGGAAAAGCUCCAGAAAGUUCUGAGUCUCGGGCACAUCAACACUGACUACCCACUGGCGGAGACCAUUGUGAUGCUAGGCUUCUUCAUGACCAUCUUUCUGGAGCAGCUUAUCCUGACCUUCCGCAAGGAGAAGCCUUCCUUCAUCGACAUGGAGACCUUCAAUGCCGGCUCAGAUGCUGGCAGUGACUCAGAGUAUGAGAGCCCCUUCAUGGGGGCUGCACGGGGCCACGCACUCUACAUGGAGCCUCACACCCACAGCCACGGGCUGAGUGUCCAGGAGCUGUCACGCUCCAGUCCCCUGCGCCUCCUCAGCCUGGUCUUUGCUCUGUCGGCCCACUCCAUCUUUGAAGGCCUGGCCUUGGGCCUACAGGAGGAGGGGGAGAAGGUGGUGAGCUUGUUCGUGGGUGUGGCCAUCCAUGAGACACUGGUGGCUGUGGCCCUGGGCAUCAACAUGGCCCGGAGCUCCAUGCCCCUGAGGGAAGCGGCCAAGCUGGCUGUCACCGUGAGCGCCAUGAUCCCUCUGGGCAUCAGUGUUGGCCUGGGCAUCGAGAGUGUGCAGGGCGUUUCCAGCAGCGUGGCUUCAGUGCUGUUGCAGGGCCUGGUGGGUGGCACCUUUCUCUUUGUCACCUUCUUUGAGAUCCUGGGGAAGGAACUGGAGGAGAAGAAUGACCGCCUGCUCAAAGUCCUCUUCCUGGUGCUAGGCUACACCGUGCUGGCCGGCAUGGUCUUUCUCAAGUGGUGAACUUCCCGUUGCCAUUGUUACUCAUCGUAGUCACCCCGCCCUGUGGGAGCCCCAGGCUGGACAUAGGCCGUUUCCCCCAGCGGGGAGCUCAGGCCCUCAGCUACUGCCUGUGCACAGAGGGACCACCCAGAACCAAACUGGACCCUAGAUUCUACACCCCAAGCCUCAGGGUGACACUACUAUUUGUAAAAUACUUCACUUAAAGGUAUUUACCAAAACUGUGUGACCAUGUCAACCUGGGCAUGGGGAUCUGGCAACUCAUAUGGGAGUCAGGGCUGGGCAUCCACAUGGGGUCAGGGCAAGAGCCUCCCCUUCCCCACACAAAUGAAGACCA